AAAUCGAACCUCGGCCCGCCUCACUCUUCUCCACACACUCUCUCUCUCUCUGUCUCUCAAUUCCACCAUGAAGUGAAGUUCUUUUGAAAACCAUAAAGCAGUUGCUGAAUUGCAUUGAUUACUGUUAGUAGUUCUUAAGGUUGUUUGUUUUUGUUUCUAGAAAUGGUUUCUCUGCAAGAUUCUCACUCGAAUUCGAACCGGUUUCCGCUGGGUCGAAACUUCUACGCACCGGGUUCUGCUUCGACCACCAAAAUCCACCGACACACGGGGCGGUCCAUGCGGACCGUACGCUCCAAUCUCUACCAAAACGACAACAGCAGCUGCUCCUUCACCAGCUCCGUCCCUGAGAGGUCUGGAUUCGUCUCCGAAAAUCUCACGGAAUCCGUCAUCGACAUGCGUCUCGGAGAGCUGGCUUCCAAGAGCAAAUCGGUUAAGUCUGAGUCAGAAAGCGAGGGCUUUUUGGACAUUUCCCAAGCGUUCAGUGAUUUCUCGGCCUGUAGCAGCGAUAUAUCCGGUGAGUUGCAGCGGCUAGCGAGCUUGCCGUCUCCCGAAAACAGGUUGGGAAAUGAGAAUAGUAAUAAUGGAGCUGAGCCUGAGCCGGAGCUGGAGCCGUGUCACGGCUUUCUGCAAAGAGAAAACUUCUCGACUGAGAUUAUCGAGAGUAUUUCGCCAGAGGAUCUUCAACCGACCGUCAAGAUCUGCAUCGACGGCCUCCAAUCGCCGUCCAUUGCGGUGAAGCGAUCGGCUGCGGCUAAGCUCAGGCUACUAGCUAAGAACCGCGUGGAUAACCGUGCGUUAAUCGGAGAAUCAGGUGCGAUCCCUGCUCUGAUUCCGCUUCUACGAAACAGCGAUCCUUGGACUCAAGAGCACGCAGUGACUGCGUUGCUAAAUUUGUCACUUUUCGAAGCGAACAAAACACUGAUUAUAAAUGCUGGAGCUAUUAAAUCGUUAGUGUAUGUUCUCAAGACAGGAACUGAAACCUCCAAGCAAAACGCGGCAUGUGCACUUCUGAGCUUAGCUUUGAUUGAGGAAAACAAGACGUCCAUCGGAGCAUGCGGGGCAAUCCCACCACUGGUAUCUCUUUUGAUGAAUGGAUCCAACAGAGGCAAGAAAGAUGCACUGACGACCCUUUAUAAGCUCUGUUCGGCCAGGCAGAACAAAGAAAGGGCGGUAAGUGCGGGUGCAGUUAAGCCUCUGGUGGGGCUGGUGGGAGAGCAAGGGACCGGGAUGGCAGAGAAGGCGAUGGUUGUUCUCAGUAGCUUGGCGGGGAUUGAGGAAGGAAGGGAAGCUAUCGUGGAGGAAGGUGGGAUUGCGGCACUGGUGGAGGCGAUCGAGGAUGGUUCUCUCAAGGGGAAGGAGUUUGCGGUGUUGACACUAUUGCAGUUGUGUGCUGAUAGCAUAAGGAAUCGUGGGUUGCUUGUUAGGGAAGGUGGGAUCCCUCCUCUUGUGGCGCUUUCUCAGACCGGGAGCGUUAGGGCUAAGCAUAAGGCUGAAACACUUCUUGGAUACCUGAGAGAACCAAGGCAAGAGGCUUCCUCAUCCAGUCCUUAGAGAAGACGAUGUUUAAUUACUGAUAGAGGUAAUUAUACUAGGUUAUCGGUUUCUUUUUUUUUUUUUUUUGUAUAUAGGGAGUGUUUUGAUGGAUUGUACAGUGUGGUUGAGAAAUUUGGGAGAAUGAUUGUACAAGUAAAAAAGAAAAAAUUAGGGGAGGCUAGUGUGCAAGAGACUGACUUUUUAGAUGUAUGAUUUUGACUAGGUUUUUGGGGUUUUUGUUUUUACCUUUUUCCAUCUUAUUGACUUUUGUUCUCAAUGGUGGAAUACCCGUUUGGCUUGUGGGUUUUGGGUUAUUUUCCUUUUGUUUUGUCUAGGUGACCCAAAUUCUAUUGCAUAGGUCUACUGAGUACUGAUUGUCUGUUUUUUACAUAGUGAAGAUGAGAGUUCGUUGAUAUGCUCUGCCUCUGAGCAUUUUUUAUUGCUUCUUGUUCCAUCUUGUAGCUUGAGCUUUAUGUGAUAGAAACAAUUGUGCGCAGGUUUUGCAUAAAGUUAAUGUAAAGAUCACAUAUCAUAUCCUCUUUUUUCUUA